AUGCCUUCCUCCGAAUUGAAGAUCUGCGAUGUCAGUCCGACGAUCACCACCUUCUCCACGCCAUUCAACCGCUUCGCGCCGUUUGGGUACCGCAGAUUCGUAGCGGUAGACAAUCGAGCCACAGCCAUCCUACUACACGACGACAGGAUACUUCUUCUCAACCCUAUACAACUGGAGGACGCGGUACGCGACAAGCUUAAUGGACUGGGCGGCGUCCAUCUCAUUGCGAGUGACCUGGGCCAUCACAUCAAGAGAAAGGACGUGAAUUGGAAUUACAUCUGUAAAGACUGGCGGACGAGUCCGGAAGACCAGUUUGACUUUGCACAAGACUUCGAGACUGUGCUUUUCGAGGGCUUCAUUACAUACUGUGUUGCUUGGUACCAUAAGCCAACAAAGACGCUGAUACAGUCAGAUCUCGUGAUGAAUCUGCCAUUUACAGAGCAAUAUCAUCCCAGCUCGUCAGACCAAGGUCCGUUAUCUCGCGAGUUUACAAAGCGCGCGCGCCCUCGAUCGAUAUGGGCGAAGCGCCUCGUCUACUACAUAGCGACUGUUGACUACACUUUGAUGCGACGCGAUGCGAAGAAGGUCGCGGAAUGGCAGAUGGACCGAAUCAUCCCGUGUCAUGGCGACGUUCUCGAGAUUGGCGGGAACGAAGCUUGGUCAUCGGUGUAUGAGUGGUUCUUGAAAGGCACAGCCAAGCCAAGUGUGAUAAAGAGGCUCAUGAACCCCAUCAUGAAGGUCGCGCGAAGAGUGUUUCUGAUGUAA